UCCACUCUCUCCUAUCCGUUACCCACUUUCUUUCUUCAUUUUAAGCCAAUUACUUUCACCACGAGCGAGUCAGUAACUUUCAACUCAAGCCACAUUAUUCUCACACCCCAUCUCUCUCUCUCUCUCUCUCUGCACAAUAUUUUCAUUCUUAAAUCUUCUAGUUUAUUUUAUUGUUGAUGAAUAAAUUCAAUACUCGCUCGUGUGUAGGAUCCAAUUUGGAGACCAAAUUCUCGUUACCAGUGGCAUACCUACAUGCACUUUAAAUUUUCUAAUCAUUAUUUUAUUCACUGAAACCGCUCUCUCUCUUCUAAAGUAACCGAAAAAAGAAGAAAAACAAAAAAAGGGUCCUAAAAAUAAUUCCGCCAUGAAUGCUUCUUUGCUUCCUUGACACCCAUUUCUCUCUUUCUUCUUUUUGAACUGUCAUUCAUGGCUUGACGAAACUGACCUACCAAGCAAAGCAGUUAAAGAAAUAGUUCUGCUCUAUACUGACCGCUUUCCAUGACUUCUUCUAUGUUGCUUGAGCACUACACCUGUGCCUUUGUUCCAUUAGCCCCACAAACUUUGCCUUUUGUUUUUAUACCCCAGAAUUUGAUCUCUCCCACUAGAAAAACAACACCCAGAUUCCAAAAUUUGAUCUUCUGUUCAAAUGUCUAAGAAUCCAUCUGAGAUAGACAUUGAAACCAUGGCAUUUGUUGAAGUUUUCAAGAGAUUUAAGCGGUUGAGGCUUUUUGAGCCGUCUGUGGGAGUUUUGGGAUUCUUUGUUGUUACUGUUUGUGUGAUUUGCGGCUUCUUUUACUUGGAUUAUAGAGCUGUGGCUAAAGGGUUUCUAUUUCCUGACCAAGAUAGGUUCCCAAGGAUUCAGAUUAAAGGGUCUAGUGAGAACCAAAGGGUUGAGUUUCUUGGAGAAAGGGGUGAAAGGUGUGAUAUCUUUGAAGGGGAUUGGGUGUGGGAUGAGAACUAUCCUUUGUAUCAGUCCAAAGAUUGCAGAUUUUUGGAUGAUGGAUUUCGGUGCUCUGAGAAUGGGAGGCCUGAUUUGUUUUACACCAAGUGGAGAUGGCAACCCAAAGACUGCAACUUGCCCAGAUUUGAUGCAAAAUUGAUGUUGGAAAAAUUGCGAAACAAACGGCUAGUGUUUAUUGGUGACUCAAUUGGAAGAAAUCAAUGGGAGUCCCUCCUCUGCAUGCUCUCGUCAGCAGUUCCUAACAAUGAGUCAAUCUAUGAAGUGAAUGGCAGUCCAAUUACAAAGCACAAGGGAUUCUUAGUUUUCAAGUUUAAGGACUUCAACUGCACGGUGGAGUACUACAGGUCUCCAUUUCUUGUAUUGCAGAGCCGCCCCCCUGCAGGAGCUCCACAAAAGGUGAGGACAACCAUGAAGUUGGAUAAAAUGGAUUGGAACUCUGUGAAGUGGAGAGAUGCAGAUGUGUUGGUCUUAAACACUGGGCAUUGGUGGAAUUAUGAGAAGACUAUAAGAGGGGGUUGUUAUUUCCAAGAAGGUGCAGAGGUAAAGAUGGAUAUGGAAGUGGAACAUGCAUAUCGUAGGUCCAUUGAGACUGUGUCGCACUGGAUACACACUGAACUAAAUUCAAGCAAGACCCAGGUUUUCUUUCGCACAUACGCUCCUGUGCAUUUCAGAGGAGGGGAUUGGAGGACCGGGGGACACUGUCAUUUGGAAACACUUCCAGAGCUGGGAUCCUCAUUGGUGCCUUCUAAUACUUGGGCGCAAUUCAAAAUCGCCAAUGCUGUCUUUUCAACUCACUUAUACGCAUCAGAAGUAAAAAAAUUUGAAGUAUUGAAUGUAACUCGUAUGACUGCACAGAGAAAAGAUGGGCAUUCAUCUGUAUAUUAUCUGGGUCCUAAUGUAGGCCCUGCACCUAUCCAUCGCCAGGAUUGCAGUCAUUGGUGUCUGCCUGGAGUCCCUGAUACAUGGAAUGAGUUACUCUUUGCACUAUUCCUUAAGCGCGAGGCUACUCACUCCUAUAAUGCAUCAAAGUAUUAGGUGUGGUUGCAGGCAUGAUAGAAAGCCUCUUAUUUAUAUACCAAGAAGAAAAAGUGAAUAUUUAUGCACAGAUGAUUCCACUUUCUGAAAAAUGACUAAAGAAAACAACACACUGUGACAGUUGCAAGACUGUUUAAGUAAGGUUGAAAGUGGGUCUCAGAUUUUGAUGUUGAUAGAGAGGUCGGAUCAUGAGGAUUUCAGAUGAUUAGUUAGAUACAAAUAGCCCAAUUAUAGGGGGCAAAUGGGUGGACAAGGAUCUCUGGAUUAAAGACAUACACUGUAAAGAAACAUUCACACAUUGGGUAUUUUAUUGUGAUUAAUCAGGUGGUAUAGUUCUUCAGGAGUAAAAUACAUAAUUUACAAAA